AUGUUGUACGAGCUGAUUGCAAUCGUCCGCCCCGGCAGCCUCAAGGAGGUCAAGGAAAUCGCCAAAAAUGCCGGCGUGCAAGUCCUGCGCUCUGGCGGCGUUGUGCGCGGCUACACCAACUGGGGCACUUUUACGCUCCCCCGCCCAACCACAAAGCAUCAGGCGCGAUAUUCCGAAGGCUGGCACUUCAUCAUGCGCUUCGAUGCCUCUGGGCCCGUGCAAGCCGCCGUGCGCCGAACACUCUCGCUCGACCCGCGAAUGAUCCGGUUCUCCGUCGUCAAGCUGGGCACCAAGUUGGAGGAUAUCAAUGAUGUGCCGGGCCGUGUGGAGUGGAAUCCGCACAAGUCGAAUCUGCGCGAUGGCAUUAGGUCGUUAGACGCCGGUAUUUUUGGCAGUCGGGAGGGCCAGGAGUAG